UUCCGUCGUUGUGCGGCGCAAACUUGCCGUCAUGAUGUACACGUUACUACACGGCGUUUAUUGCAAGUAGCGUCCCGUAUAUUGUUUUAGUGCAUACUUAUGUAGUUUUAGUCUUAGUGCACAUUAAGUGAAGCUUUGGUAAUGUUCACACAUAGGUUAUGUCACGGUGUGUGCGCGGGUUCAGUGCAGAGAUGUUCAAGACUCUUCAGCAGAGCUUUGAUCUCUCAGGGUCUCCGAGCCUUUUCAGAUACUCCGUCAACUCCUAAAGACUUAAGCAAACCUAUAAAGCAAUGGGAAUUAUUAGUUAAUCCUUUCACAAAGGUCAAGUGUCAUUUAGGCUGUAAUAUAUCGAUAAAAUCCCUGGAUCCACAUGCUUUUCCUGAGGCUAAUCGGGCAUUUAUUAGUGUGCACGUGACAGAUGUGAAUCAAACUGCUAAUGUGGACGGAUUUUAUGUUCAUUAUGAUGACCAAAGCAAUGAACUUAACAUUUUGGCCCACGAGGUGGAUAGCAAUGUCACCGUUGAACUGACAGCACCUACUAAAUGCGACCUCCAUAUCAAGUCUAAAGACAAAGGCAAUGUGAAGAUCCAGGAAAUGGAGAGUGACCUCUGCCAUGUUCACACAGAGAGAGGGCACUGUGUCCUAAAGUCUGUCAAGGGACAUGAGGUUCAAGUUCGUUCCACAGGAGGAAAUGUCACUGGACUUCAGACCAUUCAUGGGAAUGUUGAUAUCAGCACAUCUUUGGACAGUAAUGUCGAUAUUAAGAAAAUUCAGGGAACCACAAUGAAUCUCUCCACAGAACAUGGGGAUCUGAAAGUGAAGGCCAUUUAUGGGGAACACACCUCAGUGUCCACUUCCUCCGGGAGUGUUCAGAUUGGACAUGUACACGGUGAAGCUAUUGUACAAACUAAAACAGGAAAUAUUGUCAUUGACAGCUCGAGUGGUGCCCUGAAGGUGUUUACUGCUGCUGGAAACAUUGAUGCGUAUGUAGGCCAAGAUGGAAGAGCAGAACUUCACAGUCAACAAGGUGCUGUGUGUGUGCGCGUGCCCUCAUCUAUGAAAGCAGCAGUGCGCUUGUGUGGAACCUCUGUUAGCAUUAGCUCAGAGAUGGUUAGCUCAUGUCGAGAGACAGAGCGAACUUCAGAUGAUGGGAAGACAACAGUCACAGCUCAUCUGAAUGGUGGCACACAUGAAGAGAGAUGGAUCAAAGCCACUGCUGAAAAAGGUGCUGUUGACCUGAGAACCCAGAGCUGGUUUGAGACCCUCAGACUCGGAGCUCAGAGUUAAAACCUGCACAGAAGCCCCUGAGACCAAGAACUGACAGAACCUCACUGCUGUUUUAGGCGGGAGAUUUAUACUGGAUCUAUCGUAUAUCUCACCAACAAGACACUUUGCAUAUAGUUUUGAGAUACUACAGCGUCUUGACUGAAGAGUGGGUUAAUGCAUCUAAAUUACAUGUUUCAAACCGAUUGAUAUGGCUACGCUGUGUGCAAGUUCUGCUUCAGAAGAUACAGUAUGCGACAAAAGAUGGUAGCAGAUCCUUAUUGAUGCUUUCUACUUUUUACAAGUAGUGUUAUUUUUGUUUUCGUAUUAACUGCAAUGGCACUGUAUAACAUCUUGCAAGACAACAGCCAGAGAGGUGUUACAGUAUACCAGAUUAGUUGAAGCAACUGCUCAAAAGAAAUAAACCAUGCAAAUUUAAAGUUCUUAUUAAUGAACAUUUCUACACACAUUGCAACAUACAAUAAUAUGUGUAUUACAGAAUACAUACAAUACUGUUCAAAAGUUUGGGUUUGGUUUGUAGGGAUUUAUUUUUUCAUAAUUUUUUUAUAUUUAAAUAUAUUUCUGUGAAGUCAUUGUCCCUUCAUUUAAUAUGCUGCUCAAGAAGUAUUUUUUAGUAUUUUCAGUGUGAAAAACAUUCAAGCUGUUUAAUAUUUUGUGGAAACCAUGAUUUUAUUUUCUGUUCAAAAGAAUAGAAUUUUAAUUUAAAAAAAAAUAAUUCUC